AUGACACCCAAACUAGUUGAAUUCUACUGUUGUUUCAACCAAUCGAAUAUUCAAAUGUUAACGAUUGUUUUUUCUGAAGUCUUGUGUUGGAAUGGUAAGAGUGGAAAUUGGGAGGAGAGAAGGAGUUGUGUUUACGUUGAAGUGGAGGAUAGUCUAUUUGGAAAAUUUGUUAGAAUCUCCAAGUUGAUAACGAUGGAAGGAGAAAGGGCUUUAUUGUUCAUGAAGAGGAUGAUAGAAAGGACUGGGGAGGAUUUGGGAGAAUGUUGGAUGGAUUUUUACAUAGUCAAAAAAAUGCUCUGUUUUUAUAGAAUAAAAGUAAGGGAGUAG